AUGGUCCAGCCCUACAAGGACCCCAAGGCUGAGCACUCCAAGUUCCCCCUCUGCUUCAACGAGUGGAAGUAUUUCUCCAUACAGGUAAGAAGGCAGGCAACUUACUGUAGCCUGGUUUCCCACAUCAGUUGGCUACAUUUCAGGUACAGUAUGGGGCCAGCUAUUGCAAUACUGUAUAGAGAAAGUUGUAAGAAAAAUAUAUUUUCCAUAUCUAACAGGACAGGUGUUUCUCUAUCCAAGACCUUAACACAAUCAAUCAAUGACUAAUUUGGAUGUUUCAGAUUCCUAAGAGCACUGAUAACACACUGGGUAUCUGUGAGUCACACCGUCUGGUCGUGGAGCUCAUCUUCUUCGAGCAGGACACCGGAGUUCCCAAGCUCAUAGGCAAGACCUUUGUCAAACUGCUGGACAUCCUCAGUGUGAGUGAACCACAGAUAGGGACAAACCCACCGCCCCUUCAUGCUCACCAUGUUUAAAUCAGAUAAUAAUACAAUUAUGCUCAUAAAAGUGUACAAGGCUGUCCAGGGCUAAACAUGUGGAUGUCCUCCACCAAAGAACCAAUGGGUUCCUUUUAUUUUAGCUUUCAGUUGAUGGUAAAAGUAUUUUCAUUCACCUGCUGCUAGAAGGCCGGCAUGCAGGACCAGAUAUCAACUGUCUUGUCCUCUGUCCUGUUCUCUAAUCAGAAAUCACAAGUGAACCAGCUGCUGGAUCUGAAGCUCAAGCGCCAGGUACAGAAUAUGAAUCAUACACUAUGUUCAACAUGUGGGGUAUGUAUACUAUGUUCAAUAUGAGUUUUGUACAACGGAUUCCUGUAUUGAUAUACACAAUAAAAGCCAACUUCUUUUCCAGAUCAUCUGUAAGCUGGAGAUGGAAAUGGUCAUUGCAUAUGGAUCUUUGGGUUACGGAUAUUCCCACCAGGUUAGAGGGAUGCUCCCACCAGGUUAGAGGGAGACUCCCACCAGGUUAGAGGGAUGCUCCCACCAGGUUAGAGGGAGACUCCCACCAGGUUAGACGGAGACUCCCACCAGGUUAGAGGGAGACUCCCACCAGGUUAGAGGGAGACUCCCACCAGGUUAGAGGGAGACUCCCACCAGGUUAGAGGGAGACUCCCACCAGGUUAGAGGGAGACUCCCACCAGGUUAGACGGAGACUCCCACCAGGUUAGAGGGAGACUCCCACCAGGUUAGAGGGAGUCUCCCACCAGGUUAGAGGGAGACUCCCACCAGGUUAGAGGGAGACUCCCACCAGGUUAGAGGGAGACUCCCACCAGGUUAGAGGGAGACUCCCACCAGGUUAGACGGAGACUCCCACCAGGUUAGAGGAGACUCCCACCAGGUUAGACGGAGACUCCCACCAGGUUAACGGAGACCCACCAGGUUAGAGGAGACUCCCACCAGGUUAGAGGGAUGCUCCCACCAGGUUAGAGGAGCUCCCACCAGGUUAGACGGAGACUCCCACCAGGUUAGAGGGAGACUCCCACCAGGUUAGAGGGAGACUCCCACCAGGUUAGAGGGAGACUCCCACCAGGUUAGAGGGAGACUCCCACCAGGUUAGAGGGACUCCCACCAGGUUAGAGGGAGACUCCCACCAGGUUAGAGGGAGACUCCCACCAGGUUAGAGGGAGACUCCCACCAGGUUAGAGGGAGACUCCCACCAGGUUAGAGGGAGACUCCCACCAGGUUAGAGGGAGACUCCCACCAGGUUAGAGGGAGACUCCCACCAGGUUAGAGGGAGACUCCCACCAGGUUAGACGGAGACUCCCACCAGGUUAGAGGGAGACUCCCACCAGGUUAGACGGAGACUCCCACCAGGUUAGAGGGAGACUCCCACCAGUAUUUGUGUAGAUGAGGAGGAGGACUUGAUCAUGCCUAUUUAUUAUUUACUCCCUAGUUGAAGCACCCAAAGAGAAACAUGGAGAGCUUAGUGGAGCGCUCUCUCUUCCUCCGCUGUCCACCACCGGAGGACCGCAAAGACCCUCACUAGUGAGACACAAACACACACUCAAAUACUGUACAUUAAUUCUUAACUAUUGACAUUCUAACACUGUGACCCUUUUGCGUCAGUUUUUUCCCUAGAUUUGACAGACCGAUAUUCUCCCAUGUAACUUAUCUCUCCCUGUGUCUACAGUAAUGUGGUCACACCUAAGCCAGUGCCUUAUUCGGACUUCAUCGCAGCGCUGAUGUACAGAGAGACCACCAACCCAGACAACAGGACGACUUACCCCUCAAACAGCACAAUCUCCCCCAUCAUCCUGGAAUGUAUGGAGAAGAGGGGCAGGUACGGUUUAUUAUGA